UCGUGUUCGAACAGUGCGUGAUCUGUCAAAAAUGUCUUUUUGACGGCGUUUGCCGAUGAAGUUAUUUGAAAAAUAUAGAUUUUACUUAAGAUGGGAGGCUCCCAGAGUACUCGAAAAAUAAGUGUUGAUAACGAAAAUGCUAUACAAGUUUCUCAGGAAGCAAUAGACCGUAUACAAGAGCGGCUGGCUACUAAACAAGCUGAACAACCUCAACCACCUCCUCAAUACAUACCGCCACCAAAUUACGAGUCCCAGCAACGUCAGAAAGACUUUGCUGCUGAAGAGGCUUACUGGGCGAGGCGAAUUGAAAACCUAAAAAGGACACACGAAAAAAUAAAUAGCGGGAUGCAUUUGGAAUAUCAAAAAACAUUAAAAGAAGCCAAUGAGCUGUUCAAUCUAGUGCAAGAGGACAAAAUUGCCAAUAAAUUACCACCAUGUCAGGAAGAAAAAGCAAAGGUUCUAGAAUGCUACAGUUCCAACCCCAACAAGUCUUUAGUGUGUUCAGUGAUAGUGAAUCAAUUCAAUGACUGUGUAUGUAAGAGUAGAAUUGCUGCGGUGUCUGCAACCUCCUAGAUGGCGCUAUUGUAUAUAAUUGGGGAUCACAAUAGACAACAUGCAUCCAGCCGAGCCUCACAAAGGCUAACGUAGAUAUAAUUAUUAUUAUUGCUGUAUGAAUAAACUGGUUAUCUUAUCUUA